AAUCAUUAGGCCACGCCCACAUACCUGCCAGAACACGGAAGGAGGAUUAUAUGGACUUCACAAAAACAUUUAGCGACUGUUUGCUCAGUUGAAGACCUCUUCCUAACCCACCUCCCUCCCAUCCGGGCCGGUAGUUCGGGAUAAAGGCCGCUUUGGACCGGGACAACCGGAGGAAAGUCUCGGUUUCGCCAGGGACCAGGGUUGUUCUGACCAGACCACCACUGAUCUGCUCAAGUCCGGCCGUAAGUUGUGCUGGUCCAGAGAAGCCCAGUACCUGUACCUCCGCCGCUUGUCUUCCAGAAGUUUCUCAGCCAUCACCAUGAACCCGGUCAUGGAGGAGACGGUGUGGGAGCAGUACACCGUGACCCUGCAGAGAGAUUCCAAAAUGGGUUUCGGCAUCGCAGUGUCUGGAGGACGGGACAACCCAAACGAUGAGACUGGCGAGACGUCCAUCGUGGUGUCGGACGUCCUGCAGGGAGGCCCCGCCGAGGGACUCUUGUUUGAGAAAGAUCGGGUGAUUAUGGUGAACAACAUGUCCAUGGAGGGGGCGCUGCACUCCGCCGCUGUGCAGACCCUCAGGAAAUGUGGAAAAACUGCAAAAAUUACGGUUAAGAGACCCCGAAAGGUUCCGGUCAAUGUGAUGCCCCGCCCUCCUUCCCCUGAAGUCUUCAGCAAUGACAACUACAGCGACUACAACUACGACCCGGACCGCCGCAGCAUGACCAGCGGGCGGGACAACAGCGUGGAGAGGGAGCGCCGAGGCUACAUGGAUUCUGGCUACCAGACCCGUGAUCGGAACUACGACCGCGGCAGGAGCGCCGAGAGGGACCUGAGCCCCGACCGCAACUACAGACGAGACGGCAGCAGGGGGCGCACUCUGGAUCGCAGCCCCGACCAGCGCUACAAGAGCGAGCAUACGCUGGACCGCGACUACAGCCCAGACAGAAGAUACCGCAGCGAGCGCGCCUUAGAGCGGGACUACAGCCCCGACCGGCGCUACCGCAGCGAGCGCACCCUCGACCGAGACUACAGCCCGGAUCGACGCUACCGCAGCGAGCGGACGCUGGACCGCGCCCACAGCCCCGAGUCGCGCUACAGCCCGGGACGAGGCCAGAGGCGCGACCCGAGCUUUGAACGAGGGCGGGACCAGAGGUACAACGAGCCCAUAAGGCGAACCGCCAGCAGGGACCGGCUGGACCGCUCGCCAUCGCCGCCUCCGGCUCCCAUCCCGCUGCCCCGCCCCGCCCGCGAUCUGGAGCCUCUGGAGAAACCUGUGAAUGUGCUGCUGCUGAAGAACCAUCCCAACGAAGAGUACGGCCUCCGUCUGGGCAGCCAGCUCUUCAUCAAGGAGAUGACGAGCACCGGACUCGCUGGUAGAGAUGGAAACCUGAAGGAGGGGGACAUUAUCCUGAAGAUCAACGGCACGGUAACGGAGAACCUGUCCCUCAGCGACGCCGGGAAGCUGAUCGAGAAGUCGCGCGGGAAGCUGCAGCUGGUGGUGCAGAGGGACCGGCGUCAGAUCCUGAUCCGAAUCCCUCCGAUGGUGGACAGCGACUCCGAGCUCGAUGAUAUCUCUGAGAUCGAGUCGUACCGCUCUUACUCUCCACAGGAUGACAGACGAGGCCACCACUCAGACCUCUCUUCCCACUCCUCCAAUGAGAGGCUCCGAGACAAACCCAGAGAGGAGCCUUCUAACAGGCUGGCGAAAAUGGGCGCCAUGCCAACACCUUUCAAAGGUCUGGAUAGACGGGAAGACUCAUCCCCUCUACCUCCAGAGAGGGACGAACCUCGAUCCGAGACGCCGCCAGCGGCAGCGGUCAGCCCAAGGGUUCUGGUUCCCCCGAGGGUUCAGGCUCCCCCAAAGGUGCCUCUAAAGCCCAGCUUGGAGGAUCAGGAAGUCUACGGGCCGAACACGGUGAUGGUUCGUUUCAAGAAGGGCGACAGCGUGGGCCUGAGGCUGGCGGGAGGCAAUGACGUCGGCAUCUUCAUCGCUGGCGUUCAGGAGGACAGUCCAGCCGAGCAGGAGGGUCUGCGCAAAGGAGAUCAGAUCGUAAAGGUCAACAGUGUAGACUUCAGAGGGAUGGUGCGGGAAGACGCCGUCCUCUUCCUCCUAGAAAUCCCUAAAGGAGAAGACGUCACCAUUCUUGCUCAAAGCAAACCUGAAGUUUACGAGGAUAUUCUCUCAUCCGGACGGGGAGACUCUUUCUUCAUCAGAACCCAUUUUGAGUACGAGAAGGAAACUCCGCAGAGCCUCCCGUUCACCAGAGGAGAGAUCUUUAAAGUCACCGACACGCUCUACGACGGUAAGCUGGGCCACUGGUUGGCGAUCCGAACAGACAAGGACAACCAGCUGCUGGAGAAGGGAAUCAUCCCAAACAAGAGCGGAGCAGAACAGAUGGCCAACGUUCAGAACGCCGCUCGGGCGGCAUCCGGCAGCGACAGAGGAGACUUCUGGAGGCUGAGAGGUCAAAGGGCGGCCAAGAAGAAAGACCUGCGUAAGAGCAGAGAGGACCUGAGCGCCACGCCGGUCACCACCAGGUUCCCCGCCUACGAGAGAGUGGUUCUCCGUGAAGCUGGUUUCAGGAGACCUGUUGUGAUAUUCGGGCCCAUUUCCGACAUAGUGAACGAGAAGCUGGCCGCCGACCUUCCCGACGAGUUCAUCAUCGCCAAAACGGAGCCCAAAGAUGCAGGAAGUGAGAAGUCUUCCGGAGUGGUGAGACUGAACACCAUCCGUCAGAUCAUCGAGCAGGACCUCCACGCGCUGCUGGACGUGACGCCCAAAGCCGUGGACACCUUGAACUACACCCAGUGGUAUCCCAUCGUCAUCUUCCUCAACCCGGACAGCAAACAAGGCGUGAAGACCAUGAGGAACCGCCUCAUGCCCGGAUCCAACCGCAGCGCCCGGAAGCUGUAUGAGCAGGCCGUCAGGCUGAGGAAGACCUGCUCCCACCUCUUCACCGCCUCUAUCGAUCUGAACGCGUCCAAUGACGCCUGGUACGGCAGCGUGAAGGACUCGAUCCGGGAGCAGCAGAGCAGAGCGGUGUGGGUGUCUGAGGCGAAGAUGGACGGCUCAGAGGAGGACCUGGAUCUCCAUGACGACCGCAUGUCCUACCUGUCUGCCAUGAGCGCAGACUACCUCAGCAUGGACAGCCGUCUGACCAGCGACUAUGACGACACGGCGGACGAGGGCGGGGCCUACACGGACAACGAGCUGGACGAGCCGCUGGACGAGCCUCAGCCCGUCUCGGCCAUCAGCAGGUCGUCGGAGCCCGUCCUGCCCGAGGAACCGCGGCGGAUGAAGCGGGCCGGGAGCAGAGAGGUUCUGAACAGGGAGCCCAGCCCCCCGCCGUCAUUCGUCCCUGAACCUCCAAAGCAGGUGCGCGCUCAGACCCGGACCGACUCGACGCGGAGCUACGAGUCCCACUCCAGCAGCACCGUCAGCAGCAUCGACGCGGCGGCCGGAAGCAGGCCGGCCCCCCCGCCGGUGGCCAUGAAGCCCAGCAUCGGGCGCCUGCACCAGUCGUCAGAGGAGAAGGUUCCGGCGCAGGAGCAGAACGAGGACGACCCGGCUAACAAGUCCUUCCUGGGAAAGAGAAUGACCAAUCAGAUCAAAGCGUUUGAGAAGAUGGACCACCUGGCCCGAGCUCAGAGGCUUCUGGAGCUGCAGGAGGCAGAAAACGCUCGAUUGGAAAUCGCCCAGAAGCAUCCAGACAUCUACGCUGUCCCUGUGAAGCUGCCAAAACCCAACCUGAACCGCCCUCAGCCAAUCGGCUCCAACGCUGAGCCGCAGACGGCGUCCAGGCCUGCGUACUCAGAGACGAGAGGAGCGGAGGAGGAGGCGGAGUACCGCCGCCAGCUGAACGAGCAGACCAGUAAGGGCUACUAUAACCCUCAGAAGUACAAGGACACGGAGCUGUGAGGCUCCAGCCGCGCCCAUUUACCAGCUUCUGUCGCUCUCUGAACUCUUUAUUUGCUCUAACAUCUCCUGCCACCAGGUUCGGCUUCGCCGCCGCGUUUAAACUCUGAAAGCCGUUCGUGUCACGGCUGAACACGGAGAGAACUUCCGUCCUGACCGACUCGUUUUCAGAAAGAUGUUCUGGUGUAAAUAUUCACUCUGGCUCUCUGCCUUUUGUUUACUUGGAAUAUAAUCAGAUGGAGCCUCAUCUAGAGGCAAAGAGGAGACAUCCAACACGCCGUUUAGCUGCGAGGCUGAAAACCCAACCGGACCAAAAAAAUGGAGGAUUUUUAAAACCAAUCAGGAUGGUUCUCCUUUCACUGGUUAAACUGGGUUUGAUGAAUAGUUUUCCAGUUUUAAUGAAGGUCGUUCAGAACCUGCAGGAAGCAGAAUAUGAUCCAGUUACGGAGUUAAACUCUCUCCAUUAUUGUUCCAAA